AUGGUUGUAAUUAGAAAAGACUUGGUAAGCAAAACUUAUUUUGAACUUAUCUACUAUUCUGAAUUGUAUUCUUCAAACUAUGAAGAAUCAAUGAAAGUCUUUAACAAAUUAUUAUAUGAGAACUCAGUAAUUACUCAAGAUGAAAAAAAGUCUUGUCAAGAGAGAGUUUUAAGAAAUAUUGAAAGAGAAAAAGAAUUAUUUAAAAGGGGCGAACCAAUAACAUGCAAUAAUUGCAAUUUAACAAGAUAUUCAACACGUUAUUGUGAAAAUUGCAUUAUAAAAUAUUUAAAAAGUUUCUUUGGAACUUGGACAUCUGGAAGUAAAGUUAUUGAUGAAUUUAUAUGCGAAUGUCAGUCAAAUUCAGGACUCCCUCUACACAUUAUGGAAUGGAUUUCACCUGAUCAAUUAGAAGAUAUAAUGCCACUCGUAAAGGGUGGAAUUUCUACAAUAUAUGUCGCAACAUGGAAGCGCGGAGCGAUAUUAGAUUUUAAUGAAAGCAAACAAGAAUUUGUUUAUAAUGGCCCUCAAAAGGUUGUAUUAAAAUCUUUAAGCAGUCCAGGAAAUCCUUAUGAAAUGGUUUUUAAAGAGGCAAAAAAAUUUAUUCAAAUUAGAUCUGGCGACAUUGUUAAUGCGUAUGGCAUAACCAAAAUUAAAAUUCUUGGUAAAAAUAAUUAUGCCAUAGUUAUGAAUUAUUUUACAGAUGGAAAUUUACGAGAUUAUCUAGUAAACCAUCCGGGAAUAGAUUUAAAAGAUAAAGUCUUUACUAUUUGGCGCAUUUGUUUGGCCUUGUCAAAUAUUCAUCAACAAGAUUUAAUUCACUGCAAUUUGCAUAGUAGAAAUAUCCUUUUAUACACAAACAGAUGCUUACUUACUGGUUUAGGAUCAUGCCGCCCAGUAGAUGAUAAAUGCGUAGACAAAUUAUAUGGUGUGAUUCCAUAUAUGGCACCUGAAUUAUUGCUGUAUAAAAAAUAUUCAAAAGCAACAGAUAUCUAUAGUUUAGGAGUUUUGAUGUGGGAAAUAUUUGCUAUAAAUCAGCCUUUCGAUUAUAUACCUGACAGUUAUCAAUUAGCGAAAGAGAUUAUUUGUGGCUUAAAGCUACAAAUGGUACCCGAGAUUCCGAACAGAAUCCAAGGCCUUAUUUACCGAUGUAUGGAUGCAAAUCCUUUAAAAAGGCCAACUAUCGAACAAAUUCUUGUUAUUAUUAAAAGCAUAUACAAAGAAAUCCAUGAAAGUAAAGAAUUGAUUAUUGAAUACGAAAAAAAGAAAUCAUAUUAUUCACCUCCUGGAAUAGUUUUAAAACCGUACACGACAACGCAUAAUAAUAUCAUAUUUAAUCUUAAUGAGAAAAUCCAGUGA